AUGGAGGCCGCCUCCGGUGGUUACAUUGAAGUGGGUCGCGUCCUGUUGGACAAGGGAGAUGACGUGAAUGUGGUACCGGUUCACUCCUCACGAGACACAGCCUUCACGAUAGCCGCUGACAAGGGUCAUCUGAAGUUUGUCGAGUUGCUUCUGUCCUGCGUCGCGGCCGUUGAGGUCAAGAACAAAAAGGGCAAAUCUCAACUUUGGCUCGCUGCCAACGGAGGCCACCUGGCGGUCGUGGAGGUUCUGUGCAACGCAGGAGAAGACAUCGAUCCCCAGGACAAAAUCGCACACCUUGGUCGUCAAGUGGAUGGUGAACCACGUUACCCAGUUCCCGUUGGAACAGGAAAUGACCCGCUACAUCACCAUCAUCAAGGAGUUGCUGGAAAAGUGUCACGAUUGCGUCGAACUUGGACUCGGACGAAGAAAUUGUCAACGUUCCACUGCCACAGACUCGCGGAGGCGGCAACUCAACCACCCCCGCAACAAACAAUCGCAUUCAUCCGAGAGAACCUCCACCAACAGCUUCAAUUGUCGUCCAGCAGCAGCAGGACAAAGAGGAAGGUGGAGACUCCGGCAUCGACGCCAACAGCCAAGGCUCGUGCUCGAGCUUGGACGUCAAGUCCGCCAGCAGCCAAAUCGAGUAACAGCGAAAGAACAACAAAAAGCGCAAACAACAACUCCAGCAAGCUCACCAACAACAACAACAAUCGCACGUCAGCUCGGCCGUCACGGCCAAGCAACUCCAGCAGCAGCAGUACGCGUAGCGUGCAUUUCUCGUUUGUGCACCCCGCCCCGACCAAAACCAAACUGCAAAACCUGCUUAAGAAGCGACCUCGCCGUCUUCGCCAUCAGCAAGAGCCAUCCACUUCCGCUCCGUACAUCAAGAAGUGGAAUUGGAAUCUUGGAGCCGUGAAGUGGACCUGGUUAACGCUAGCGAAACUUCAAGCGCACAUUAAGCAGCACCGGACUGGUUUGGGUCGGCAAAAACAAAGCUGCAGCCAUGGCACGAAAAUUGCCAAAGGUAGAACUUAAGCAAGUCACUUCGAACAUGCAGACCCACAAGAACCUGACUGCGCUCCGGACCGGCCCCGGACAAUUAUAAGAAUCGUCGUUGAAAUUCUAAAUCGAAUGGCGUGGCAGCAGAGUGAAAUAGACUGGCGUCGAUAACAGAGCGGAAGUUUUGCGUGCCAAUGCGUGGUUCUUCCGACGGAUCGAGGUCGAUCUGGUGCUGGACCAAACGAAAGCUCGCAUGAAAACCGCCGGUACCGCACGGUCGACUGUUCCGUCAGGAAAAUUUUGAUGCGCUGGAAUCGAACGGCCAAAGACCACAAGGCAGAAAGAACUGGUUGAACAUUCUUUCCUGAUUUUGUUGAUUUCAACUCUGCAACUAAAAAAAUGGUUUGCCGAUGACUGGAUUAACAAAGAUUGAUUGUCAAACGUUCGUUUUAAA